UUCCUACCUUCCUAAACACUAAAGCUCACCCAAUGGAACUUACUCACAGCUCAGCUGCAACCUUCGCCCUUCUCCUUUUUCUCUAUGCUCUCUUUCGUAUUGCAUUUCGGAGACCCCGCGCUCAUUCUAGAAACAACACACUUCCACCUGAAGCCGGUGGUGCUUUGCCACUGAUCGGCCACCUCCAUAAACUAGGUGCAACAAAGCCAACUCACUUAACCUUGGCCAAAAUGGCCGACGCCUACGGACCUAUUUUUACCUUAAGAUUGGGCAUGAACACAGCCCUUGUCGUGAGCAGUUGGGAAAUAGCGCGAGAGUGCUUCACCACAAACGACACAAUCUUCGCCUCCCGCCCAAAGGGUUUAGCCUCAGAGCUGCUCGGCUACAACUACACAGUGUUGUCGAUUAGCCCCUACGGUCCAUACUGGCGCCGUGUCCGCAAAAUAGCCACGCUUGAACUCCUCACCAAUCACCGCCUCCACCAGCUCCAGCACAUUAGAAUAUCCGAGGUUCGAAGUUCGAUCAAGAAACUGUAUGAAUUAAAUAAGCGAUCAGGUGGGAGAGUGAGGGUUGAGAUGAGGGCGUGGUUUGGGGAUGUAAGUUUGAAUACAAUAUUUAGGAUGGUGGUGGGAAAGCGAUUCAGCACUGUUUUCGAAGGCAGUGGUGCGGAGCAGUACCGAGAGGCGUUCAGGGAUCUUUCUGAACUGUUUGGAGCAUUUGUUCCUUCAGAUUCGUUUCCGUUUCUAAGUUGGUUGGAUUUGGGAGGUUAUAAGAAAGCCAUGAACAAGACCGCCAAGGUGGUUGACCAGAUGGUUACUAAAUGGAUCAAAGAGCAUCGAGAGAAGAAAAAGAGUCCGGGUGAAGGUGGAGUGGAGACAAAGGAACAAGACUUCAUGGAUGUCAUGCUUUCAACCGUCGACGAUCAAGAGUUCUGUGGUUUUGAUGCGGACAUGGUCACCAAAGCUACUUGUUUGAUGAUGAUAUUGGGUGCAUCCGACACUACAACCGUUACUAUGACAUGGGCUCUUUCUCUACUCCUCAACAACCAACCAGCACUCAACAAGGCCCAACUUGAAUUAGAUGAAAAAGUUGGAAGAUCAAGACAAGUAAAAGAGUCUGAUGUCAAAAAUCUACCAUAUCUCCAAGCCAUUGUGAAGGAGACGAUGCGUUUGUAUCCUGCAGCGCCGUUAUUAAUCCCUCAUGAAUCUGCAGAAGAUUGUACAGUUUCAGGCUAUCAUAUCCCUGCAAGGACACGCCUCAUAGUGAAUGUUCAAAAACUACAAAAAGACCCACGUGUAUGGGAGGCUCCUUGUGAAUUUCGUCCGGAAAGAUUCUUAACCAGCGACACAAAGUUUGACAUGAGAGGGCAAAAUCAACAACUAAUGCCUUUUGGGUGUGGUCGAAGGAUUUGUCCGGGAAUCUCAUUUGCUCUUCAACUUAUGCAUCUUACUCUUGCAAACCUACUUCAUGAAUUUGAAAUUGGUAGGCCAUCGGAAGAGUUACUCAAUAUGGAUGAGAGUUUUGGAAUAACUAUUCUUAAAAAAACACCACUUGAAGUUGUUUUAAGUCCACGCUUACCGAACCAAGUUUACGAAUAAUUUUGAAAUGAAGUCGAAAAAAAUAAAUGAAAUUAUUUAUAAAAGUAUUACAUGAUGUGAUUAUU